GCAGUGUCUCUGCCGCUUUGGGGCCGUGCUUCUGAUCGCCGUCGAGCUGGAAAGCGGGGCAGGGGGACCACAGGAGCCCUUCAUCGAGGACAGCUUUUCCCCAAUCCCUUGCAGGACCAUGGAGCUGCUGCCCCCGCCGUUGCGGGACAUGGACUUGGCAGGCCCCGACGGCUCCCUCUGCUCCUUUACCACUGCCGACGACUUUUACGAUGACCCCUGCUUUGACUCCCCGGACCUGCGCUUCUUCGAGGACCUGGACCCACGCCUGGUGCACGUGGGCGCGCUCCUCAAGCCCGACGAACACGCGCACCAUCCCGCAGCAGGCCAGGGCUCCCGGGAGGAUGAGCACGUGCGCGCGCCCAGCGGUCACCACCAGGCGGGCCGCUGCCUGCUGUGGGCUUGUAAGGCUUGCAAACGCAAGACGACCAAUGCGGACCGGCGCAAGGCAGCCACGAUGCGGGAGCGGCGCCGUCUGAGCAAGGUGAACGAAGCCUUUGAGACCCUGAAGCGGUGCACGUCGAGCAACCCCAACCAGCGACUGCCCAAGGUGGAGAUCCUGCGGAACGCCAUCCGCUACAUCGAGGGGCUUCAGGCGCUGCUGAGAGACCAGGACGGGGCACCCCCUGGCAGCACUGCUGCCUUCUACCCUCAGGGGGGCACAGCCCAAGCCCGCGUGGUUGAGCAUUACAGCGGAGACUCGGAUGCAUCCAGCCCGCGUUCCAACUGCUCAGAUGGCAUGAUGGAUUACAGUGGCCCUCUUUGCAGCUCCAGGCAUAGAGGUGGCUAUGACAGCAGCUACUACAGUGAUUCUCCAAGUGACACCAAGCCUGGGAAAGGACUGGUUGUGUCUAGCCUCGACUGCCUCUCCAGCAUCGUAGAGCGCAUCUCCACCGAGGGGUCUGCAUGUCCCAUACUGCCCCUCGGAGAGGGCACACCCUGCUCCCCACAGGAGGGUACCACUCUGAGUGAGAGUGGUGCCCACAUUCCCUCCCCUAUCCCCAGUGGGAGUACCCAGCUUUCUGCUGACAGCAGCUCUGGGCCCAGCCCCGUUCCCAAUCCUAACCCUAUCUACCAGGUCCUCUGAGGUGGGGCCAUUCCCAAACAUCCUGGGCCCCCACCUGUGGCUCCAGGGGACUCAGACUAGACUUUGGGAGGGGGCCCAUCUUAUUCAAGUCUAAGGCCUCUGAGGAUUCUUUGGAAUGUGCUUCAGUCUCCUUUCCCCUUUCCCCUUUCCCCCAACAUUAAUUUAUUGGUUUCCCAGUGUCUGGCAGGGGCAUAGGGGGACAGGUUCCUGGCCCCAGGUCCCUGGUCCCCUUCCCCACCCCCCUCAGUGAGGAACGGCUGUGCUUGUUCUUGAGGGGCUGUGCCCCCUCUCCACUUCCUCCAUGCUUCCCAGUUCAGGACCACAUUUUGUAAUACUUUUGUAAUCUAUUCUGUAAAUAAGGGCUUGCUUUGCGAAAAACACACACACACACACACACACACACACACAUACACACAGCCCAGCGACUGUAUUUAUCAGGUGUGGU